GCAAAACAAAUAAUAAUAGUCUGCUAUAUUGCAGGCUGUGCGCCCAUACCAUUGAGUAUGAAUGAAAAAUAAAAAAUAAUAUACGUCUUCUACCUGCGGUCUUAUAUGCAACCGUGCUUCUACCACAGAAUAUGACGUGAAAUCGUAAUUUGUAAUCACUAAAUUAUAAUCAGUAAUCAGUCAUCAGUCAUCAGUGGAAUCGACUACGUUGUAGUCGCACGUUACUGGUUCACUGUUCAUUGUUUGUGCGUUUGUCGUUGUGUUUCCGCCAGUGUCCCAACUUUCAGACCAUCUUUGCGAACCGUACUACAGAGUUAUGAAAAUAAUGAAAAGCCAUCCAUCGACGGUCUACACGCAUCUUAGAAACUUAAAGUGGAAUUGUGUCAUAGCCAAAGCGUAUUCUUAACCAGAAUCUGUUAUCCAGUAACGGAGUUCAAUAACCAGCACCUACGUCUUCUAGUCAACCAAUUCCUACCAUCAACAUGAGUUCAGCAGAUCGUUCAAUAUCAUCUGGGUUCCCAAUUCCUCAGUGGAUGAAAUCUAAAAUAAACGAUCGGUAUGACCUAGACCAGCCAUCAUUUUCUCCAGAAGAAACAGACGACAGCUUUUUUUUGGUUCGUUAUUUGAAACCAGACUCAGUAAAUCAAAAACGCAGUGAUAACACUAAAAAUAAACCAGCUGAAGAAAAUUUAGCGGAUAAAACAGUUCAACAUUUAAAAAAAAUGCCUCCUGCAUUAAUUGUUACAGAAACACCAGAAUACAAGGGACAUACGCUUGCUUGUCAACGCUUCAUUACAAAUACUUGUGCUGAUGCAGUAGCAGCUGCAAGUUUGGGUGAAAAUAUAACUGACCCUCCAAAAUCAUUAGGGAUUGAUGAUGGUUUUAAAAGUGGAGCUUCUGAAUGUGGUAAAUCUAUUGUGGCAAUGGCGCAUCAAAUGGUGUCUGGACGGAGAGCAUAUCAAGGUCGUUCUUCAGGUCCUCAAGAUAUUCUUGUCGUUGGACCGUCGCCAUCAAUGUUAGCUAAACGGCGAAACAGCAAAUCGCUCCCGGCAAGUCCUAUAAGUUCACCACCUGGAUCACCUCGAAUGAUUCGUAAAAAUCCAUAUUUCACAGCACCCUUUCAAGAAGAAUCUUCUGGUGAUAAACAAGGCUCAUCGUGGAUAUUAUCAAACUUAUUUUCACACAGAGGUGAUUCACAAGAAGAAUUAUCUGAUAAAGAAUACAAGCGAUUCCCUAAACCUUUGUCUUCCAGCAAUUUAUCCAUAAAACCCAAACCUUCAGAACUAAGAGAGAUGAAUUUCUGGACACCUACAUCAAUGUAAUCAUUAAGGCUCAACUAAAAAAAAUACUCUAUUUCUAAAGAUUUUCUGCACGUUUGGUUAUAAUAUUAAUUUGUGUUGUUGGAAUUAUUUUAUAUGUAUCCUUAUUUUUCCUUAUAAUCUCCUUAACUUAGUACCUGUAAAAAUCAUUUUUUAUUUUAAGUUUUCAUUGUUAUUCUUUUUCUUUUUUUGUUUAAUUUUUUAAUAUUAAGUACCAAAAUAGUUAUGAUAUGAAGACAAUACAUUGUUUAGUGCGCAUCUUUUAUACAUAUAAGAUAUAACUAAUCUUUAUAUUUUAAUAUCAAUAAUUUCUAUUCAGACAAUUUUUUUGUUCGUUAAUCACUUCCAAAAGUUUGUAUAUACUUUUUGUUUUACUCAAGUAUUAUUAUAAGCCAAUCGCAUAUAAUUUUAUUUCUUAAAAUUAAAUUAAUGCAAAAAUAUAUAUCAUUGACAUUGUCAUCUACUCUAAAUACUGUCAAUAGUUAUGCAAAUUGUCAUGACGGCAUAAAUAUUGCUUGUUGUUAAGUCAAUUAAAAAUGUGUUGUGGUGUCUUUAUACUAUUAGACAAGGAGUGAUUGCACAAUG